AUGGUAACCUUACCCUCAUCUUACAUAGAAAGUCUGAUACACAUGUACGAAUACAUUCAAGAUGUCAUGAUUUAUGUAGGAAAAUAUGAACGCUCUGAUCUCUUCAUAGCAUUCACAUGCAACUCAAAGUGGCCAGAAAUAAAAAAACAACUAAUAUAUGAACAAGCCCCCAUGGAUCGACACAACAUAAUAGCCCGCAUUUUCCGACAAAAACAAAUGAGUUAUUGUGAAGUCAUCACAAAAUACCACAUCUUUGGAUGUACACAGUCAAAUGGCAAAAACAAGGACUGCCUCACCCACACAAUCUCAUAUGGCUACAUGACAGAAUUCAUCCCAAGGAUAUCGACAAAAAUCAUCCAAGAACUUCCCAAUCCACAAAAAGAUCCAGAACUAUACAACAUAGUUGUGAACAACAUGAUUCUACGAGCAUGUGGGUUGUUAAACCCUAAUUCGCCAUGUAUGAGUGAUGGAAAAUGUACACCUAAAACCAUACUUGGACAACACAUAAACCGGAGAUGA